AUGGCGGCAUUGUUCUCAGAUACUUGGCGCCUUAACGACGACGAUGACACAGUGCAAAGCCCAGAGGACUGCUCAGCAAACGAAGUAUCAGUCAGCGCGGCCCUCAACCCCAGCAGAAGGGUACGGUGCGCAGCUCACACGCUUCAGCUGGCUGUGAACGGGGCCCUACGAGAAGACGAUGAAGUCCAACAACUCCUCACCGUUGUCAACAAGGUGGUCAAUUGCUUCAGGAGGUCGCACCUCCUCACAGCUGAACUUAAACAGCGAUGUGGAAAAGACCUCGUCCAGCCGGGCGGCACGCGGUGGAACUCCAUCCUUGCAGCCCUAAGUCGCCUCACCGAGGAGCAAGUUUUCUCGUCAGUCGACACGAUCCUACAGGAGCACGACGAAAGUCAUCCUAGCAAAGCAAUCAACAUGAUUCCACCAGUGGUUACCUUGCCGCGGCUCAAAGAACUUCGCGAACUGCUGCAGCCGUUUGGCCUUGCAACCGACCGACUACAGGGUGACGGAGUAACGUCGUGCACGCUACACCUGUGCAUUGCAACAUGCUACAUCAGCGUUGAUAAUCUGAUUUGCGAACAUUUUUUAGAACUGCAAAUGAAGCUACUGGCGCAGCUCACAGAGAGGUUUCGGGAGCCGCUAAAAAACGCUUACAUCAUAGCGGCAAGCGUGCUCAACCCUAGACAGAAGUUGAGGUGUUUUCAACCUACCUUCGCACCUCUACUCUCGAAGCCAACCGCUCAGGAGGCCACUGCUAGUGUGAACGCGCUCUUUGAUGAGCUGCGUAAGACUCCUGACCCACAACCAGGACCUUCACACGUCGCCGAGGGCCCUCUUCCCCCUUCUGGGGGUGACGAUGACCCCUUGUACACUUUGCUGGACGAUGUAAGCCCGGCAACGACGUGCCAUAAAGAGAAUGAGCUAGACCUCUACCUGAAAGCUCCGUACAGUGCAGAGGAUCCGCUUACAUACUGAAAAAAAAAACAGCAGCGCGUAUCCCGGACUCUCCCAAGUGGCAUCUGUGUGCCUAGGUGUGCCAGCGUCGUCAGGCUCGGCCGAACGGCUGUUCUCCGUUGCAGGAGCUCUGCAGCGAGCGCGCCGUUCCUCUAUGGUGAGCUAGAAGGACUGGUGUGUUGAACGGCGGUUGCAAACGGGUCGUGCCCACGGGCCCGCCGACAGGUGGCUACGAAGGGCUCGGCUCGCUCACGCUGCGCGCGCCCUCGUGGUCACAUGGCCCUAUGUGCAAAGAGCAACGUGGCGAACCCCAGAGUACCUGCGAUAGGCGAAAUUGAAGCAGUACGCCGCAAAUUCUAGGGAAAGAAAGAUGUGCGCGUGCUGGUGUGUCACGCUGAUAAACUUGAUAAACUGCUGAAAACGGGGCGUGCUUGAAGUCAGUGCAGGGUUCUAUAUAGGAAUUGGCAGUGAUGUUUUUGUUUUUAAUGUAUGCUACAGGUAGCGCCUUAAUGUUCAGGAAGAAAAUGUCAGUCGAUGAUUCUUCCGUUUUGGCACAUUACAAGAAGGUGGCGAAAUUUUCGCUACAGUAUUUUGAGUUACGUUUACGUUACGUUUGGUUAUGUUUGGAUUUCGUUAUACAUCCCGUUUCACGCUGCUUGUAGUGUGUGAAUGCAGCUUGUGUGCGACACGUUAAGGUAUCCUUGGAAUUCUUUGGUGUGAAUAAGUUUCGCACAUAGAGACACACUGAGAUUUAUUAUAAUAUAUGUUCUGGAAAUCAACUGAUGUCGUUCCCGCGGAGAUAAGCUAUUUUCCAUUUUCGGAUAUGUAGCGAUACAUGUUAAUACAUUCAGAGUGUUUGAAAUUGUCGAGGAACUGAUACCUACACCAACUCGUGUCACCCAAUUACAGAAAAUGAAGAAUCAUCAGAAAUUUACAUUUCUAUGACCAGAAGGUGUCUGUUCAAAAUCUAUGAACAGAAGGUGUCUGAGCUGAGAAAAAAAAAAUACAGAAAAUACUCAUUCAAUUAUGCCUUUGUGAAUAAGGAACGUGGCACAGAAAAGAAAGGUGGUAGGAACUGUAGGAACAGAGGAA